UUAUAAAGUUAUGAUAUUUGAAGGGUACACACCGCCUCAAUAAUCAUAGACCACAUUAUAUUAUCCAUUAAAUACUUCAUUUCCAUUUCCUGUUCCAAGCUCAUCUAAACCGUUCCUUCCUUUCUACCGUAAGGAACAACAUUUUUUUAUUUUCAUUUUCUUCUCUUCCUCACCCACCUUUCUUCUUCCUUCUCCCUUUCUCUCUCCUCCAUUUUUCUAUCCUUCUAUCUCUUCAGUAUUACUGGUGUGAGUCAUGGCUGGAGCAUUGAUUCAGUCCACCAACAUCCCUGCUUCAUUUGCUUAUCAAAUAAAUGGGCCGUGUCAAAGGUCUGCCAAGAGCAAUAAGGUUGUGAAGAUGAUGGCCAGCCUUCAAGCACCCGAAUUUAGGAUGCGAAGUUUCUCAGGGUUGCGUGGUGGAAAUGCCCUGGAUACUUUGGGAUCUACCAGUGGAUGUUUUUAUUCCAAAAUGAGGGCUGUGCUCUCUGUACGUAAAGGGACAGCCAGCAGGGGUGUAGUUAGAGCUAUGUUUGAACGCUUUACUGAGAAAGCGAUUAAAGUUAUAAUGCUUGCUCAAGAAGAGGCCAGACGACUGGGCCAUAAUUUUGUUGGUACGGAACAGAUUUUACUGGGUCUUAUUGGUGAAGGCACUGGAAUUGCUGCUAAGGUUCUUAAAUCCAUGGGAAUCAAUUUGAAAGAUGCCCGUGUAGAAGUCGAGAAGAUUAUUGGGAGGGGAAGCGGCUUUGUUGCUGUUGAAAUCCCAUUUACUCCUCGUGCCAAGCGUGUUUUAGAACUUUCAUUGGAGGAAGCCCGUCAACUUGGCCAUAACUACAUUGGGUCUGAACACUUGCUUUUGGGUCUUCUUCGUGAGGGUGAGGGUGUAGCUGCUCGUGUUUUGGAAAACUUGGGUGCUGAUCCUAGUAACAUCCGUACACAGGUUAUUCGUAUGGUGGGUGAAAACACAGAAGCAGUGGGUGCUGGUGUUGGAGGGGGUACUACAGGGAAUAAAAUGCCAACCUUGGAGGAAUAUGGAACAAAUCUGACAAAAUUGGCAGAAGAGGGAAAGUUAGAUCCUGUUGUUGGCCGGCAGCAGCAGAUAGAGCGUGUUACCCAAAUUCUGGGUAGGCGAACAAAAAAUAACCCUUGUCUUAUUGGCGAGCCUGGUGUUGGAAAAACAGCAAUUGCAGAGGGCCUUGCUCAAAGAAUAGCCAACGGUGAUGUUCCAGAAACAAUUGAAGGAAAGAAGGUUAUUACUCUUGAUAUGGGUCUUUUGGUUGCGGGAACGAAAUACCGUGGAGAAUUUGAGGAAAGAUUGAAGAAGUUAAUGGAGGAAAUUAAGCAGAGUGACGAGAUUAUUUUAUUUAUUGAUGAAGUACAUACUCUAAUUGGGGCUGGAGCAGCAGAAGGUGCCAUCGAUGCUGCAAACAUUUUAAAACCGGCUCUUGCUAGGGGUGAAUUGCAGUGCAUUGGUGCCACCACCCUUGAUGAAUACAGAAAACAUAUUGAGAAAGAUCCAGCUCUUGAGAGAAGGUUUCAACCUGUCAAAGUGCCUGAGCCAACCGUAGAUGAAACUAUACAAAUUUUGAAAGGGCUCCGUGAGCGUUAUGAGAUUCAUCACAAACUUCGUUACACAGAUGAAGCGCUUGUGGCUGCAGCUCAACUUUCUUACCAGUAUAUCAGCGAUCGUUUCCUACCCGAUAAAGCUAUUGAUCUUAUUGAUGAAGCUGGCUCCAGGGUUCGAUUGCGCCAUGCUCAGCUCCCUGAAGAAGCUAGAGAGCUUGAGAAAGAACUUAGGCAGCUCACAAAAGAGAAGAAUGAAGCUGUUCGGGGCCAAGACUUUGAAAAGGCUGGUGAGUUGCGUGACAGAGAAAUGGACCUUAAGGCUCAAAUUACUGCUCUUGUAGAAAAGAACAAGGAAAUGAGCAAGGCAGAAACAGAAGCUGGGGACGUCGGUCCUAUAGUCACAGAAUCAGACAUUCAGCACAUUGUGUCUUCCUGGACUGGUAUUCCAGUUGAGAAAGUGUCUACCGAUGAAUCUGACCGUCUGCUUAAAAUGGAGGAAACUCUUCAUACUAGAGUUAUUGGACAAGAUGAAGCUGUUAAAGCCAUUAGUCGUGCCAUCCGUAGAGCUCGUGUAGGUCUUAAGAAUCCCAACCGUCCAAUUGCUAGCUUCAUUUUCUCGGGUCCUACUGGUGUUGGAAAGUCAGAACUUGCAAAAGCUCUGGCUGCUUACUACUUCGGGUCUGAAGAAGCCAUGAUACGGCUUGAUAUGAGUGAGUUCAUGGAAAGGCACACUGUAUCUAAGCUUAUUGGUUCACCCCCAGGUUACGUGGGGUACACUGAGGGUGGCCAGCUUACCGAGGCAGUUAGACGUCGCCCUUACACAGUGGUGCUUUUUGACGAAAUUGAGAAAGCUCAUCCCGAUGUCUUCAACAUGAUGCUUCAAAUUCUCGAAGAUGGAAGGUUGACCGACAGCAAGGGAAGGACUGUUGAUUUCAAGAACACGCUACUUAUUAUGACAUCAAAUGUUGGAAGCAGUGUCAUCGAGAAAGGUGGUCGUAGAAUCGGAUUUGACCUUGACUACGACGAGAAGGAUAGCAGUUACAACCGUAUUAAGAGCCUUGUGACCGAAGAACUCAAGCAGUACUUCAGGCCCGAGUUCUUGAACAGAUUGGAUGAAAUGAUCGUUUUCAGGCAGCUCACAAAGCUCGAGGUCAAGGAAAUUGCCGAUAUUAUGUUGAAGGAAGUGUUCGAGAGGUUGAAGAACAAGGAAAUCGAGCUUCAAGUAACCGAGCGGUUCAGAGAUAGGGUUGUGGAGGAAGGAUACAAUCCAAGUUACGGUGCUAGGCCUUUAAGAAGAGCCAUUAUGAGGCUUUUGGAGGACAGCAUGGCCGAGAAAAUGCUUGCAGGGGAAAUCAAAGACGGUGAUUCAGUUAUCGUGGAUGUCGAUUCUGACGGAAAUGUCAUUGUUCUCAAUGGUAGCAGUGGUGCACCUCCGGAAACUUUGCCAGAGCCUAUUUCCGUUUAGACGAGAACACGCUUUGUGAUGGUUCGAUUUCUCUAGUAUGUUUGUUGUAGUUUGUUCUUUGGAUUUUUCUUCUGAAUUCCCAUAUAGAUAUGGCCAUUGUUACAAAUGUAGAAAUUAAAGCAGGUCUAUUUGAUUUGCAUUGGCCAUUGUGACAUUAAUUGUAACAGAUUUGGAAAGUUGUAGCAUUAAUUCUCUCCAGUAAGUAAGUAGGGGAACUUUUGGUUUUGGUAGCAAUUAUUAGGAAUGUUAUAAUACUAAAAGGAUGAAUAAAUUCUUAUUUUUAUUGUCUUA